CCAAGUGUAACACAGUAAUCCUGUGUUCCCGAGCCCGUAUUCCCAAAACUCUAUAAGGAGGGGAGUCCUCUGAACGAUUAGGGUUUUGCUAAGACCAGACCCAUCUCCACUUUACCUCCAAUCUCGCACUCUCUCUCUAGGGUUUCAACAGUAACAUGGAACUUUCGAAGAAGCGCAAAGCCGACGAGAACGGUGGCGCAUUCGCCGCCACAGACGGCGGCGCUCCGCCACUCCUCUCUCCCGACGACGCCCGCAAAAUCCUGGAACCCUUCACCCGGGAACAACUUCUCGACAUCCUCCACCCCGCUCUCCUCCGCCACCUCGACGUCCUCUCCUCCGUCCGAUCAAUCGCCGACUCCGACCCCUCCCGCCGCAAGCUCUUCGUUCGCGGCCUCGGUUGGGAAACCACCACCGACAAACUCCGCACCCUCUUCUCCUCCUUCGGUGACAUCGACGAAGCCAUCGUCAUCACUGACAAAGCCACCGGAAAGUCCAAAGGCUACGGCUUUGUCACAUUCAAGCACAUCGACGGCGCAAUCGUCGCCCUCAAAGAACCCAGCAAAAAAAUCGACGGUCGAAUGACGGUCACCCAGUUCGCCGCCGCUGGAAUUUCCGGUUCCACGGCAGCGAGCGGCGGCGGAGGAGGCGGCGGCGGCGGUGGUGUUGAUGUUUCGUUGAGAAAGAUUUAUGUUGGGAAUGUUCCGUUUGAGAUUUCUUCGGAGAGAUUGUUAGGGCAUUUUUCGGCGUAUGGUGAGAUUGAGGAAGGGCCUUUAGGGUUUGAUAAGCAGACAGGGAAGCCAAAGGGUUUUGCUUUUUUUGUUUACAAGACUGAGGAGGGUGCUAGGGCUUCACUUGUGGAUCCAAUGAAGAACAUUGAUGGGCACCAAGUGAUGUGUAAAUUGGCUGUUGAUGGGAAAAAGGGAAAACCUGGUGGUGGUGGUGGUGCUCCGAAUGCGACUGGAGUGAGUGGUGAUAUAGGGUCUGGCGUUCCUCCAACUGGGUCGAUGCCGGGUUCGAUGAUGAAUUCGAACUAUGGUGUCGGCCCCGGUGGAUAUGGAGGGUUCUCUGGUGGGCCAACAGGGUUGCCCCAUCAAAAUCCUCACUUGAAUUCGCCAUUACCUUCGUCGAUUGGUGCUCAGGGGUUUGGGAAUCAAGGACCAUCUUCGUUUGGUAGUGGUAGUGGUGGGUAUGGAGUGGGUUUGGGUGGUGGUGGUGGUGGUGGAUAUGGUGGUUCACAGUAUGGGGGGUCUGGUUCGGGUGAGUAUGGUGUAUUGAACAAUGCGGGUUCUUCUAUGUAUAGGUUGCCACCAAGUUCUGUUGGAAUGCCUUCUGGAGGAUACCCAGAGAGUGGAAAUUAUGGGUUGUCUUCUUCUGCAUUUCCAACACAAAUGCACCAACCGUCGUCGGGUUCUAGGGUUCCUCCUAGUGGAAUGUACCAGGGCAUGCCACCCUAUUACUGAGUAUAUGUUUUUUAGGAGAGCUAAGGACGGAAGACUUAUUGACUACUGAUCAAUGAAGGAUAGAAUGUAAAAUACAGUUAAAAAGAUCAUGGAGAAUCGGAAUCCAACUCAGCCAUAUCAACCUUAUUGUUCAGCAUAUUUCAUUUCUUGGUGAGAGACUGAGAGGCAAAUACCAGCACAAAGCAUGAGGUCUAUUUCAAUGACCCAUCAAUGGAAGUGAGAGUUUAGCAAUGCUCGGCACAUUGGAUAUUGAUGUUAUGAUGAUUACAUUACCUUUAUCAUACAUACACAGGUUAAGACAAUAAUGACGUGGCAAUGAUGUUGGUGUAACUAUGAUAAAGUGAUGGAUAAUUUGACUUAAAAUGAAUGGUUAUAAAACGUAUAUGCAAAUUU